UCGUGCUUCUCCUGACCAGGCUCGUGGCAGAAGUUGCAGGAAAAUCCACGGAAAACUCAGUGCCAGACCCAGAAUGUUGUGUGGAAAUGUUGGAUUCCAACAGCUCCUGCCCAGUCACCCACCAGUGCAGCCCAGGAUGCUACAGGAGGUGGAACGAGGACGGGAGCAGCAGCUGCAUCAGGUGCAGGAAUGAGACCCUGCCCAGCCCCUCCGGGCACAACCUCAGCGAGUGCAGGAACCCUGGGAGCAGAGGGAUGAAUUCCCACGUGAACAUGAGCUCUCCUUUCAUCCAGAACUUUGGGGGCCCUGAAGUCGCCGCUUCUCUGAUUCUGGGCACGUUUUUCCUCAGUUUGUUCCUGAUCCUUUCCGUGGCUUCUUUCUUCUACCUCAAACGAGCCAACAAACUCCCAAAGAUUUUCUACAGAAGGAACAAAGCAUCCGUCCUCCAGCCCAGUGAAACAGCAUCCAUGAUCUCUCCUCCAGCUUCUUCAGUGCGGAAGCCGCGCUACGUCCGCCGCGAGCGCGCCCCGGUCCCGCCCGGCCCCGCCGACAGCCGGGUCAGCAACGUGUGA